AUGUGUGCUUGGAACCAAGACGACCCGCGCAUGCUUUCGACUGAGAUGAUGCCUGACAAAAUCAAGUGCAUGAUCGAGGUUGUUCAUUUUCCGGAAAUGGUCCAGACUUUCGAUGACAAUCAACCUGAUGUGCCCAACCUCUCCGAGGAUGAACACUUUGCUCUGGUCAUCAAAGCCGAAUUCCUCUACGGCUGGGUCGAGCAUCCCUACCUCAUCAGCCCUCCCGCAAUCCUGGACACGAUAUAUAGCGACUGGCUUGGAGGUUUCGGCCCAGACUGGGGGAAUAUGCUUGAAGUCGCACAAUGGUGCCGUCGUCGUCUGCAGGAGAAACUCAGGGACCGUGCAUCACGUCCUGCUCCGAUCGACUUGAACGAUCUGCUUGGCCUGUAG